GCCGGAUUCGAAACGUUUCCUGUUGCGCCUGGGCCUGGCGGCUGAGCCCGGGGCGCUAGUCUUUGCUUGGGUAAAGAAAGAGGACUUUUCUUUUUUUUUUUCUUUAGAGAAAAUUCAGAAAUUUGGAGGCACAGUAGUUAGGAUUCAGGCCAAACUGGUAAAUGACGAAGGGGCUUCUUCCAGAGCCAAAGAAGGAGGGUUGUCCGGCAGAUAAUCACCAGAAUGGGAGUGAAUGACUUGUGGCAAAUUUUGGAGCCUGUUAAGCAACACAUCCCCUUGCGUAAUCUUGGUGGGAAAACCAUUGCAGUUGAUCUGAGUCUCUGGGUGUGUGAGGCACAGUCAGUCAAAAAAAUGAUGGGCAGCGUCAUGAAGCCCCAUCUCAGGAACUUAUUUUUUCGUAUCUCAUAUUUAACACAAAUGGAUGUAAAACUGGUAUUUGUUAUGGAAGGGGAACCACCAAAGCUGAAAGCUGAUGUCAUAAGCAAGAGGAAUCAGACUCGGUAUGGGUCUUCUGGAAAAUCGUGGUCUCAGAAAACAGGGAGAUCACAUUUUACAUCAGUCUUAAGAGAGUGCCUCCAUAUGCUCGAAUGCUUAGGAAUCCCCUGGGUUCAGGCUGCUGGGGAAGCUGAAGCCAUGUGUGCUUAUCUCAAUGCUGGUGGUCAUGUCAAUGGCUGUCUCACCAAUGACGGAGAUACUUUCCUUUAUGGGGCCCAGACUGUUUACAGGAAUUUCACUAUGAAUACAAAGGACCCACAUGUUGACUGUUACACAAUGUCAUCUAUCAAGAGUAAACUAGGUUUGGAUAGAGAUGCUCUGGUUGGAUUAGCAAUACUUCUUGGCUGUGAUUAUCUCCCAAAGGGAGUCCCUGGAGUUGGAAAAGAGCAAGCAUUAAAACUUAUACAGAUUUUGAAAGGGCAAAGUUUACUUCAGAGGUUUAAUCGGUGGAAUGAAACAUCUUGUAACUCUAGUCCACAACCGCUAGUCACUAAAAAACUGGCUCAUUGUUCCGUAUGUUCCCAUCCAGGUUCACCUAAGGAUCAUGAACGUAAUGGAUGCAGAUUAUGUAAAAGUGAUAAAUAUUGUGAGCCACACGACUAUGAAUACUGCUGCCCUUGUGAGUGGCACUGUACAGAACAUGAUAGGCAACUCAAUGAAGUAGAGAACAAUAUUAAGAAGAAAGCUUGCAGUUGUGAGGGAUUCCCAUUCCAUGAGGUUAUUCAAGAAUUCCUUUUAAACAAGGAUAAAUUGGUGAAGGUUAUCACGUACCGAAGACCUGAUUUGUUAUUGUUUCAGAGAUUUACUCUUGAAAAAAUGGAGUGGCCCAAUCACUAUGCGUGUGAGAAAUUGUUGGUACUUUUGACCCGUUAUGACAUGAUAGAAAGAAAGCUUGGUAGCAGAAACUCUAAUCAACUUCAGCCAAUUCGGAUUGUUAAGACCCGAAUCAGAAAUGGAGUUCAUUGUUUUGAAAUAGAAUGGGAAAAGCCUGAACAUUAUGCUAUGGAAGAUAAACAACAUGGAGAAUUUGCCCUAUUAACAAUUGAGGAAGAAUCAUUGUUUGAAGCAGCGUAUCCUGAAAUCGUUGCUGUUUACCAAAAACAAAAGUUAGAAAUUAAAGGGAAGAAACAGAAACGUAUUAAGCCUAAAGAAAACAAUUUGCCAGAACCAGAUGAAGUAAUGAGCUUUCAGUCACACAUGACUUUAAAACCCACAUGUGAAAUCUUUCAUAAGCAGAAUUCUAAGUUAAAUUUGGGGAUUUCCCCUGAUCCUACAUUACCACAGGAAUCUAUUUCUGCCUCAGUGAAUAGCUUGCUUUUACCUAAAAAUACUCCAUGUUUGAAUGCACAAGAACAGUUCAUGUCUUCUCUAAGACCUUUGGCUAUACAGCAAAUUAAAGCUGUCAGUAAGUCUCUAAUUUCAGAAUCUAGUCAACCCAAUACCUCAUCUCAUAAUAUAUCCAUGAUUACUGAUCUACACUUGAGCACUAUUGACUGGGAAGGUACUUCUUUUAGUAAUUCUCCAGCUAUUCAGAGGAAUACUUUUUCUCACGAUUUAAAAUCAGAAAUUGAAUCAGAGCUAUCAACCAUCCCUGGUGGCUUUGAAAAUAUCCCAGAACAACUGCCAUGUGAAUCAGAAAGGUACACUGCAAACAUAAAGAAAGUGUUGGAUGAGGAUUCUGAUGGGAUUAGUCCUGAAGAGCAUCUGCUUUCUGGCAUUACUGAUUUAUGUCUUCAGGAUUUGCCUUUAAAGGAACGAAUAUUUAUAAAAUCAUAUCUUCAGGAUAAUCUACAACCAGAUGUCAACCUGAAAACUUUGUCCAUACUUAGUGUAAAAGAAUCUUGUAUUGCUAACAGUGGUUCUGAUUGUACAUCACAUCUUUCAGAGGAUCUUCCAGGAAUUCCCUUGCAAAAUGAAUCCAGAGACUCUAAAGUUCUAAAAGGAGACCAGCUGCUUCAAGAAAACUAUGAAGUCAAUACUUCUGUGCCUUAUUCUGUCAGUAACACAGUGGUAAAGACCUGCAAUGUUAGACCACCAAAUACUGCUUUAGAUCAUAGUAGAAAAGUUGAUAUGCAAACCACUCAGAAAAUUUUAAUGAAGAAGAGUGUUUGCCUUGACAGGCAUUCCUCUGAUGAACAAAGUGCCCCAGUGUUUGGGAAAGCUAAGUACACAACUCAAAGAAUGAAGCACAGUUCUCAAAAGCAUAAUUCAUCCCAGUUCAAAGAAAGUGGCCAUAACAAGUUGAGUAGGCCUAAGAUAUAUAUUAAAGAAACUGAACAGUGUGUCAGAUCUUAUGAAACAGCUGAAAAUGAAGAAAGCUGUUUCCCAGAUUCAGCAAAAAGUUCUCUGAGUUCUCUACAAUGUCAUAAGAAAGAAAACAACUCUGGUACUUGUUUGGAUAGUCCUCUUCCUUUACGCCAGAGAUUAAAACUAAGAUUCCAAAGCACUUGAAAGGAAAUUUAAAACACUUAAGUAUAACUUAUUAUUUUAGUACUAUCAGCAAUAGCAGAGACAGAGGGAAGGUAUCUAGUUCAUGUGUGGUAAAAAUUUUAAUGUUCUCUAUGUCAUGAAACACUUGCCAUUUUAAUCAAAAUUGUAAUUUUUAAAAUAUCACCUAAAACUCUGGUUUUAAAAGAUCCUCUGUAUUGAAAACUUCUGAUAAUGUAUGUCAUUAUUAUGUCCUUAUUAUUCCUUAAUUGUAGUUUUCAAAUAUUAACAUAGUACUUGACAAAGUAAAUGCUUCAUCUAAUUGUUCAUUUUUACUUUUUCUUCCACAAGCCUCUAAAGUAUUUAUAUUCCAGCUUGUUCCCAAGAGGACAAUUCCUUAUACUUUUCUUCAUUCAUUUAAGGCCUUGCAAGGUCUUCCGUUAUAACUCUCUUUCCUAAGAGUUAUUUUCUCCCUCAGUGUGAAGAUACCUUUAGUGUGCUCUUCCACCUUGGAAGGCCGUGCAAGGUCUUCCAUUAUAACUCUUUUUCCUAAGAAUUAUAUUCUCCCUCAGUUUGAAGAUACCUUUAGUGUGCUCUUCCACUUUUGGUGUCUUAGUCUCUUUUGAGGGGCAAAAAUAGAAAAGGAGAGAAGAUGUCAGUAUAUUUAGUAAAAAUCAUGCUUGUAAUGGCUGAAUAAACUGAGCAAAGUAACUCCUUAUGUAUCCCCAAAAGUUCACAGUUAUAUCAAGUGGAAAAAGAUUUGGAAAAUCAAAUGUAUAACCAAAAGGAUUAGAAACUUGCCCAGGAUCACAUAGCUAACUAAUAAUCUUGUGGGAAUCAGUUUUCUUGCCUGCUAAUUUUUUUAUUUUUCUAUUUUUUCCUUCUAUAGCCCUUUUCCCCCUUUUGUUUUGAAUCUAUGCAAUAUUGACUUUAAUACUACCAAAUAUUAAGUCGUGCAUUAAUUUAGGUCACACUCAAAAAUUCUAGAGAGGCAUCCAGAUUGAAAAGGAAAAUUGUCUCUGCAGAUGACAAGAUUGUAUGUAUCAAAAAUUCUAAGAAAUCCACUAGAAAACUAUUAAAACUGAUAAAGUGAGUUAAUCCAGGUUGUAGAAUACAAGACCAAUGUGCAGUGAUCAUUGUGUUUUGUUUUUGUUUUGUUUUGUUUUGUUUUGAGACAGUCUCACUCUGUUGUCGAGACUGGGGUGUAGUGGCGCCAUCUUGGCUCACUGCAACCUCUGCCUUCCAGGUUCACGCAAUUCACAUGCCGCAGCCACCUGAGUAGCAGGGAUUACAGGUGUGUGCCACCAUGCCUGGCUAAUUUUUAGUAUUUUUAGUAGAGAUGGGAUUUUCCCAUGUUGGUCAGGCUAGUCAUGAACUCCUGGCCUCAAGUGAUCCACCCAUCUCGGCCCCCCCAGAGUGCUGGGAUUACAGGUGUGAGCCACCAUACUCAGCCUCAAUUGUAUUUCUGUACACCUCUAAAUAAAUGGCAAUACAUUCCAUGUUCAUGAAUCAGAAGACAUAAGAUGACAAUACUCCCCAAACUGAUCUACAGGUUAAAUGUAAUUCCCAUUAAUUCCAGCUGGUUUCUUUGCUGAUCUAAAAUUCAUAUGGAAGUUUCAGGAACACAGAAUAUUAGGAAGAAUCUUGAAAGCGUUUGAAUGACUCACCCUUCCUGAUUUUAAGUAUACAAAACUACAGUAAUGAAUGUGUUGUACUGGUAUAAAGGUAGACAUAUAGGUCAAUAUAGAUCAAUGGCAUAGAAUUGAGAGUUCAGAAAAAAAGCCUUCACAUUUAUGGUCAGUUGAUUUUAAACCAGAGUGACAAGACAAUUCAAUGGGAAAACGAAACAGUCUUUGAACCAACUGUCUUCUGGAUCUAUUGGAUAUCUCUAAAAAAAGAAGGAGAUUUGAUUCCUACUUCACAUCAUAUUUAAGAAGUAACUUAAAAUGGAUCAAAUACCCAAUGUAAGAGCUAAAGCCAUAAAACUCUUAGAUGAAAACAUAGACAUAAAUCUUUGUGACUUUGGAUUAGGCAAGGAUUUCUUAAAUAUACCCAAAGCAUAGGCAACAAAAGAAAAUACACAAACUGGACUUCAUCAAAACUAAAAACUUGUUUGAAAUGACACCAUCAAGAAAGUGAAAAGACAGCUUACAGAAUGGGAGAAAAUAUUUGCAAAUCAUAAAUGUGAUAAGGGACUUGUAUCUUAGAGGGAUGUAUAUAAAGAACUCAUAGCUCAAUUAUAAAAAGACAACUUUAAAAUGGGCAAAAUAGCUCAACAGGCAUUUCUCCAAAGAAGAAAUACAAGUGGCCAAUAAGCAUAUUUAAAAAUUUUCAGUACUAUUAGUCAUCAGGAAAAUGCAAAUCAAAACCACAAGACACCCAGUAGAAUGUCUACAAUCAAAAAGAUAAUAACUAAUAUUGAUGAGGAUGUGGAGAAAUUGAAAUUCUCAUAACAUGCUGGUAGGAAUGUAAAAUGGGGCAGCCACUUUGGAAAAAGUCUGGUAGUUCUUCAAAUGGUUAAAUGUAGAGUUACCAUAUGAUCCAGCAAUUCCUCUCCCAGGUAUAUACCCACGAGAAAUGAAAACAUAUAUCCACAUAAAAACCUGUGCACAAGUGUCCGUAGCAGCUUUAUUCAUAAUAGUCAAAAAGUGGAAAUAAUCCUAGUUCCAGACUGAGGAAGGGGAAAAACUAAUGUGUAUUAGCUAUUGUGUGCUAAGCAUUCAACUAGAUUCUUUACAAACCUUGUAUCAUCUCAACAACUCUUUAAGGACUGUAUUGCAAUGUUUUGAAUAUUCAGAGAGAAAAAAGUCAUUGCUAAAA